AAUUGGUUCUGCUUGUAGAUUAGGGACCAUUAAUACCAUUAUGUUCUUGGUUUGGGCGAAACUGCAGUAGGUUGUGCCACUGUUGACCAGCUGCAGGACUCGAAGAGCAGUGUAGCAGACGACCACGACCAGCAGACAUGGACGACGCGACCAUCGCCCGCUACAAGAGGGCAUUCGAUCAGUUUGACGUCAAUGGUGACGGCCGUGUUAACAAAGACGAGAUCAGGAACUCCCUGAAGAACAUGGGAUUCAAUCCGACAGACGACAUGGUUGAGCAAAUCAUCAAAGACGGCGACAAGAACAAUGAUGGUUGGCUCGAGUGGAGCGAGGUUCUGCACUCGCUGAAGCACAAGCCACAGAAAGAGCACGAGGACGCCGCAACGAGGGCAGCGCUGAGGGCGCGGUUUCGCCUCCUCGAUACAGACGACAGUGGCUACAUCACCGUUGAUGAGCUCCGAGACGCCAUCUCAAAAACGGGCGCAGACAUCCCCGCGGAGAAGGCCGAGGAACUCAUUAAAGCAGCCGACAGAAACUUUGACGGGAAAGUCACAUAUGAAGAAUUCUUGGCCGUCAUGUAGGAAUUACAGUUUACGAUCUUUAGUCGGGAAUCCACUCAAGGCUGUGGUAUUGGCAACCUGUUGCUGCGAUUGGUUGUGGCCAACGGGUCCUAAUUCUAGACGCAACUGGUGGAUGUGUGCAGCAGGGGUGCUUUUAACGGAAUAUACUUCCCGUCUUGACCCGCCGGCGGUAACUAGAAAAUGGGAAAACUGCAACCCGAGCGCAGCAACGCCGCAGGCACAAAUCGAGACACUCCAUGAAUUCCCCGCUAGCUGGAUUCCUCGCUGGAGUCCAUGGAUUCCCCGCUUUAUGAUAUUAUAUGCCAAUCAUUAGUCAAAUAAAAUAAACGUCUUAUCAUUAA